AUGUUAUAAUAUUUUUCUGUACUCUUAUGGAUUAUUGAGGGUAUUGAUUAAAUUCAUUUAUAUUAGGUUUCAUUAUGUUUUCAAUUGUCUUAAUUUCAUUUUCAUUUUUAGCUUGUCUUAUUAAUUAUUUUCUAAUGAGAAAAUCUAGAUUGUAACUCUAAUAAUUAGCAAAUAUUAAAUAAAAUGUUAAAUUAAUUGAUAAUAAAAUAAUAGAUGGAAGUGAAUUAGUAGUUGGAGAUUAAUUCUUUAUUGAAGAACAUCUACAAUUGAAUUGUGAUUGUCUACUAAUAAAAGGUGAUGUAAUGGUCAAUGAAGCUACUUUAACAGGAGAAACAGUACCAAUUCCUAAAUAAGCCAUAAAAGAAUUAUCAAAUGAUAUAUAUGAACAUACACUAUUUGAAGGUACUAAAGUGAUUAAGAUAUCACCAUAUUAAUAAAAUAUAGGAUUAGUAAUUAGAACUGGAUAUGGUUCAAUGAGAGGAUAAUAUUUUAGAAAUGUUUUAUUUCCUCCUCUUCCAUCUAGAGUAUUUUAUAUACAAGCAUGUAAAUUUUUAAUUAUUUUGGGUCUUAUUAUUCUAUCUAUUUUCACACUAUUACUUAUAGUAAAAUAUUAAUACAUGCAUUAUUCAAUUAAACUCAUAAUUGUUAGAUAUCUUGAUGCAAUAACUUGGAUAAUUCCACCUGCUUUACCGAUAUUCUUUUCAUUAAAUUAAACUAUAUCUCUAUUAAAAUUAAAAUAAAUAGAUAUUGUAGGAUCAAAUCCUAUAAAAACUGAAGAUUCAGGUAAAAUUGACACAAUUUGCUUUGAUAAAACUGGAACAUUAUCUACUUUAGGAUUAUAAGCUAAUGAUUAUAUACCACAUUAAGAUUCUUUGUUAGAAAUAAUGGCUUGUUGUCAUCAUUUAACAAUUAUUAAUUCAGAAUUAAGUGGAGAUCCAUUAGAAUUAGAAAUGUUUAAAUUAGCUGAUUAUGAUAUCAAUUUUGAUAAUUAAAAAUACUUUAAAGUUUCAAAAAACUAAAAGUGUUUUUAAGUGAUAAAGAUAUUUGAAUUUAAUUCUCAUUUGUAAAGAAUGAGUGUAAUUGUUUUUAAUGAAUUAGAAAAUUAAUAUUAUUUAUUUGUAAAAGGAUCACCAGAAAAGUUGAUUGAAUUAUCAAAUAAAUAGUAUGAUUAAUCUCUCUUAAUUUAAUUACAAUAAUAAACAUACUAAGGUUUAAGAGUUAUUGGUUUAGCUUAAAAAUAAUUAAUGUUUGAUUAAAUUGAUUUAGAUAGAAAUAUAUUGGAAAAUUAAUUAAAUUUUAUAGGAUUAUUUACUUUAAAAAAUAAUCUUAAAAAUGAUACAUCUUAAGUUAUAUAAGAAUUAUUAAAAUCAAAUUUAGAUUUAAGAAUAAUUUCAGGAGAUAAUCCAUUAACAACAGUUCAUUGUGCUUAUGAAUCAAAUUUGAUUAAGAAUAAAUAAAAUACUAUAAUUUUAGAUUAUGAUGAUUAAUAAGAGUUACUCUUAUUAUAAGAUUUAAAUUAAUAAUUUUAAACUAAAACAUAAUUAGAUUCAAAAUUAGGAUCUUAAUUUAAUUUCAUUAUUAUUUAAUUAGAAUUAAUUUUAAAUAGAAAUUGUGAUUUUGCUAUAACAGGUAAUUUAUGGGGAUAUCUCUUAUCAAAUAAAGUAAAUGAUAUUUCUUUGAAUUAAAGUAUUGAUUAAUCAUAUUACAAAUAAUUGAGAUAGAUAGAUGAAAUUGAUAUCAAAUUUAUUAAUUGUUUAAAUAAUUUAGUAAGAAAGACUAAAAUCUUUACAAGAAUGAAACCUAAUUAAAAAAAAGAAAUUGUAUAAUACUUGUAAAAUUAACUAAAUAAAAAUGUAAUGAUGGUAGGAGAUGGUGCAAAUGAUUGUGUAUUUAAUUUAUUUUAAUUUAGUCAGCAAUAGCAGAAGCUUUAGUUGGUGUUUCAUUCAAUUCAAGUGAUGCUUCAUAUACAUCUCCAUUUAGUUAUAAAAAGGAUUCAAUUUAAUGUGUUAAAUUAAUCUUAUUAUAAGGUAGAGCUACUAAAAGUAUUAUUAUUGAAAUAUUUUAAUACUAUGUUUUAAUUAGUGUACUUAAAUUUACAGGAACAGCUUUAUUAUAAUUUUAAGGAAUGAAUUUUGGUGAUUUUUAAUAUAUUUACAUGAAUUAUUUGUCAAGCAUUCCAGUCCUUAUAUUAUUGACACUAUCUUUAAGAGAAGAUAAAUUAACUGAUGCAAUACCUAAUGAUAACAUAUUUGCUAUCAAUAAUUAAUUGUAGUUUUAUAAUAUUUUUAUACUAACAUCAUUUAGUUGCUUAAUCAUUUUUUUUAUAGUUAUUGAUAAUUCUGAACCUCCAACUUUAUCAAAUCCUAUUGAUUCUUAUUUAAAAGAAGGUCCAUUAAACUCUGUAAUGAUGAUUGUAAAUCAAUAUUAUAAUAUGAUAAUUUGUAUCAUACUUUACUAAUCAAAUCCUUUUAAAAGUAUAUUCUAUAUUUAAUCAUUAGAGCCAUUAUAUCUAAAUUACUCUUUAUUAUCAUGGAUUGUUUUAUGUUUAAUCAUAGCAAUCAUUGUAACAUUUAACAAAUAUACAAGAAGUUGGCUUUCAAUUGUAGAUAUUGAAGAAGAAAUGUAAUUAUUUUGAUAUUACUUUUAGUUUUAGGCAUGUUGAUGUGUUAGUGUUUUUUAUCAUUUUUUGUACAAGUGCAUUGUGUUAUUUUGGUUAAUCCAUUUUAAAACUAAAAUUUCCAUUAAUAAAAUCAAUUUAAAUAUGA